UAAAAUAUCACUCAACUAUGGACUGCAAUUAACAAUUUUUUCAGACCAGAUUAAGCCUUACUCCAUCCUCUCCCUUAAAAACAAGGUAUUAACAUAAUAUCAUUCUAGACCUUUACCAAGUCCUUCUUUAGAGAGUCUUGAAGAAUUCAAUUUAAAUGACGUAUAAUCAGAUUCAGAAAGCUCACGAAAAUCAUCUGGUUAAAAGUUUGAUAAACAGGUGUUAGUGAUCGAGUAUUUGAUCGAAAAACUAAGGGACUUUGAAUGAGAACCUCAACAUAAAUUACUAAAGUUAAACAAAAAACGAGAGAAAAAAA